AGUUUUGUUUACUUCAGCUAACCAGUGACGUACGUUUUGCGUAGUUGACGAUAGUGAAGGGCGUCCAUAGUAAUUAUGAAUAGAUUCCAUUGCAGAAAUGGCAACGUCGAUCGAAUCACAGUAGAAGACAGUGCAACAGCGAGGAAAGUUACGAUCACAGAACUCUAGUGAUAUAUAUAAUGUUGAAACCACAGAUUGUUAAUCUAACAUGGUCGUUCCAAACAAAUGGAAAUGGUAACUCGAACAACCUAUGGCCAGAACUAUGUCAGACAAAUCAGGUCAGGCACCCUGCACGCAAAAAAGAAUUGAAAACCACAGAAGAACCGAGCGAUACAGUCAGCUUGAACAGUGCGGAGUACCCUGAGCUCAGCACUGCAGUAGUUAAAAGCAAGAAUACGGUUGCUGUGAACAGAUAUUGCUUGCCGAGCCCUACUAUAACAGUUUUAGUACCGGAGUUGGAUAUGGAGCCAAGGAAGUCGAAAAAUAUUAGGAGAUUCAAGAGGCCCGAUAAAAUAUAUGUCAAUCUUCAGGAGGCUUUGGAGAGCGCCAGAUGUAUGAACAAAAUAAGCAAAGAGUUACCAAAAUUCAGGAUCAAUAUCUAUAAGGGGGGAAGUUCUUGCACGACAAAUCCAAUGAUGAGAAAUUCAAGUUGGAGCCUCAGAAAAGUAAGGAUACCAAUUUCCAAAGACAAAAAACCUUCUAAAUUGAAGAGAAUAAUUCUCUGCAACCGCGAUAUGAAAGUACAAAUAAAUGUUCAGAAAAGAGAAGAGUUUGAACGUGCGAAGGUGAAGGCUAUCUGUAAAGAUGUCGACGCUAUUAAUUUUAACUCCUUGAAGAUCACAGCUGAUAGAGAAAUAGAUGUAGACUGUGUUAACCAUAUGUGUACAAUGACAUUGUACGACAAUGACUAUAGAUUAAAGAACGAGCAAAAUAUUUCAGACAGCUCGGUAUAUUAUAGACCAGACAUAAUCAAGAAGAUAAGCGAUCUUCGCAUUCAAAACAGGCCCAUGAUUAGCACAUUGAUCGAAACGAACGACAGACGUAAUCCUUUUCAAAUAAAUGACGAUGUCGAGAACGAUAUUGUAAAACAGACGCUGUCCCUCCAAAUCAAAGAGGACAUUAAGCAAGAGAUCAAGCAAGAAGUUCAAGACGAUCCGGAGGAGAGCGUCCAAUUAAAUGUUAACAAUUUUUUGAUGUACUCACGCAAUUUUAGAGAAUACUGUACCAACAUGUUAACACCGGGAUUCACGAGCGCCCUAGAGACGUUUCUGCGCGAAAUUACCAGACUACAAAAGCGCUAUCACGAGAAGAAUCCGAAUAAGUCGUUAUACAAACGUCGUUAUUAUUCCGGCUUGAAAGAAACGAGGAAACAUUGCGAAUUAAAGAAGCUUAAGUUCGUGAUAAUUGCACCGGACAUAGAAAGGGUUGAGCUCGAAGGUGGACUGGACGACGAAGUGAGCAAAUUACUCAACGUGUGUAGCAAAGAAAAUGUGAGCGUUUGUUUCGGAAUGACCAGACGUAAGUUGGGAUAUUAUACUCACGGGAGAGGUUUCGUGGGAUGUGUUGGCAUUGCAAAUUACAGCGGCAUCGAGGAGAUAUUUGAAACAGUUCUGAUCGAACUGGUGCACGCUCGCAACGCGUUCAAAACGUCAAGCGGCGCUGGAGAUGCACUGAUCGAUAUAUCGAAAUCUGUGUCCGCCGAGUGCUUACUUUCUGAGAAUAUUGGCGCGCUUUUGAAAACUUUGUCUUCGAAUAACAUUACGCUCUGCUGAUAUUCCUACCGAAAACGAAUUAUUGUCGCCACAGAGAUAUCGCACAAUAUAAAUGUUAAUUUUAGUCUGUGGGAUACUUUGAAGAGGAACGAUUAACUUUACAAAGAGAUUAUACAUUGGAAAUGUUUCUUUUUUACCAUAGCAUACUUUUAAAAAAGAAUGGUUUAUUCUACAAAAAGAUUAUACAGUAGAGAUGUUUCUUUUUUUUCAUAGCAUACUUUAGAAAAGAAUGGUUUAUUCUACAAGGAGAUUAUACAGUUGCCAUCACUUUUAACAGCUUGCCAUCACUUUAAUUCUGAAGAAUAGUUUUUAUAGAAUAAAUAAUUCUGACGAAUUAAUUAUUUAAUAAAUAGAUAAAAAUUGAUAUCGUUGCAAACAUGAUACUCAACUUUGUUAUACAUUUUAUAUCUUUUACACAAUUGACUAAUUACGAGUAUACUACACGUUUCAGUUUAUUUUUUUACUGUUAAAUGUACAAAUAGGUUUUUAUACAUUGUUGAUGAUAAAAGAGACGGUAUUUUGCACUGUUCAAUGCCUGAAAGAUCGACACCUUUAUAUUUAUAAGAACAAUAAAUUCUUCAAAGGAUUC